GAGGUCAAAAGCCUUCUGGGAUGUGUAGUCUUUGCUUAGAGGCGGAACGCGUUCGUGACGCUGAUUGGCUGAAGGGGCGCGAAGGUGACUGGCCGGUAGUAGCUUGGGGUCAGAUGGCGGCGUCCUGAAGAAAUUGAACUUCUCCUGCAGUGGGAGAAUUCUGCAGGCAGGUCCAGUGCAACUACCCAAACCGGAAAAUUUUGGGAGCUCUCUCUUCCACCCUUCCGUCCCCUCUUCGAUUGAUCCCUAUCCCCAUCCAAAGGUGCCAUGUGGCGAAGCUGCUUUCGGCUUGGGGCUGGUGGCGGGAGCUUUCCACGCCGUCCUUGCCUUCUCCCUGCUGCCCCCUUAGGACCGGGUAGCCAAGCCGAGUCAGCCCCCGGGCUCUCGCUCCCCCGCCGGGCUUACGCCCCCCCCGCAGAAAGGAAGAAGUUUUAUCAGAAUGUCAGCAUUACACAAGGUGAAGAUGGAUAUGAGAUAAACCUGGACCACAGAAAACUGAAAACUCCCAAUGCCAAGCUCUUUACUGUUCCCAGUGAGGCACUGGCUGUUGCUGUGGCUACUGAGUGGGAUUCCCAGCAAGACACUAUCAAGUUCUACACAAUGCAUUUGACCACACUGUGUAACACAUCUUUAGACAACCCAUCUCAACGAAACAAAGAUCAGCUUAUCCAAGCUUCUAUGAAAUUUUUGGACACAGACACAAUCUGUUACAGAGUGGAGGAACCAGAGACUUUAGUGGAACUUCAAAAGAAUGAGUGGGAUCCAGUUAUAGAUUGGGCAGAAAAAAGGUAUAAUGUUAAGAUUGGAUCUUCUACAAAUAUCAUGGGACCUGAUAUCCCAAGCAAGACUAAAGAAACUUUCAUCAGUCAUUUGGCAUCUUACAACAUGUGGGCCUUGCAAGGUAUGGAAUUCGUGAUCACCCAGUUGAAGUCUAUGGUUUUGUCCUUGGGGUUGAUUGACAGACACCUUACAGUAGAAAAGGCAGUCCUGCUGUCUCGCCUGGAAGAAGAGUACCAGGCUUCUCAAUCAAUCUUAGAGAGUCCCAUGAUUGUUCCAAUACCACUUCUGAAUAUUUUCUUAUCCAGAAAUGGGGCAAUGUGGAAUGGGCCCACGACUAUGAACUACAUGAAUUGCGGGCUCGAACUGCAGCUGGGACGCUUUUUGUUCACCUUUGCUCAGAAAGUUCCACAGUAAAACACAAACUCCUGCAGGAAUGAGAUUCUCUUACUGAACUCUGGAUCAUAGAGGAAGGUUGUACAUCCUAGGUGACUUGAGAAUGAUAUAAGCUACAAGUCAUUGGAUUUUUCCCCCCACUUUCUGCUAAGAGAUCAUCCUGUCCUUGGUCAUUAAGAGCUAUCCAGGAAAAUACCUUUUAAUAAGGGGGAAAUGGAGCUAAGUAUAGUUAGUACACAGGACUUUCUCCCUAGCUUUAUUUUUAAUAUUAAAUAUUUCUUCAAGAUCAAAACUUGUAUCAAACUUUGUAAUUAUUUACGGCUCCAGAAUUUAAUCUCAUUUUAUUCAUUAUGACUGGGGUUUCCCUAAGGUUAAACAUCUUACCUUUUAAGAGUGUAUUUUACUGAUCUAGGUCUGAAAUAAGAGACUCAGUAUUUGUCACCAGUCGGUAAACUAAUUUUUAUUCUUGGUCUUUCAACCUAAUUUUUCUUAAUUUAUGUUUGACUUUUAUCAAAAGUUCUCAUGAAAGUAAAUUAAUCCUUAAUCUUCUUUUUUUUUGUUUCUUAGAAAGUCAUAUUAAGUAUUCUGUUCUUUAAAAUAGAAGAUGAAAUAUUUAAUAUAAUUAAAAUUCUAAAAAGUAACCUGAUUUGAAAGACAUAUGAGAAUAAUUCAGGAUUUCUCCUUAGUUUUCUUAAGGUCCCUUCCUUACAUCAUAUUCCGUGUGGCAAUCUGCCAUUUCUUAGCAUCACUAUUUAUAUAUAAUACAGCAGAAGGAGCAAAUGGUACUCCAAAAAUGCAUUCAAUAAAGGCUUCUCAAGCAAGCUGUCUUUAUUAGUUCACUUAAAAAUAGACUUUAGGAACUUAUGAUAACUUGCAUUCCAAAACAAAUAAAACUGUCAUCACUUAAAA